AUGAGAGAAAUUAAUUUUAAUGCAACUGAUGGUUGGUUGACUAGGUGGAAAGAUCGCCACUAUAUUGUUUACAAAAAACUUCAUGGAGAAAAACAAGACGCAGAUGCGAGUGGUGCUGAUUCUUGGAUUAAAACAACGUGGCCAACUGUUUUGAAUAAAUACGGUCCAGAAAACAUCUUUAAUUUAGAUGAAACAGGGCUGUACUAUAGAGCAACACCUGACUAUUGCAUGGUUUUAAAAAAUGCACCGGCCUCUGUAGGGAAAAAGAAUAAAGCGAGGAUCACUGUGGCUUUAACGUGCAAUAUGACGGGUACUGUAAAAAAAAAAACAAUAGUCAUUGGUAAAAGUAAGCAACCAAGAUGUUUUAAAGGUGUCAAGAACUUACCUGUUGACUACUUCAGCAAUAUAAAUGCUUGGAUGACAUCUUUUAUUUUUGAAAGUUAUUUGAGAAAAUGGGAUUCAAUACUUGAUCACAAAAUCGCUCUAAUUUUGGACAAUUGUACAGCGCAUCCCAAAUUUUCUUUAAAGAACAUUGAACUGGUAUUUCUUCUUCCCAAUACAACGUCUUUAAUUCAGCCCCUUGAUCAGGGUAUCAUCAAAGCUUUUAAGACUUUUUACAGGUCCGAUAUGAGUAGGCAAAUUAUUGACGCAAUCGAUGACGGACAAGGGAGUGGUAACGACAUAGCUAAGAACAUGACAGUGCUACAGGCAAUUCACAUGUCGCACAAUGCUUGGAUGAAAGUUACAACUUCAUGUAUGUGA